AUGCUCGUCCAAGGGCUGCAUUUGGAGAUCACGCCGGCGAUCGACGAGUACUGCCGCGCGAAGAUCGGGAAGGCGUGCUCGCACGUGGAUCCGAGGGAAAUUCGUGAGGUGGACGUGCGAUGCAGCGCGCGCGGCGGGGAGGAUUCUCGAGGCGGGCACGAACACAAGACGGAGGUGACGGUUUUGAUGACGCGAGGGACGACGCUGCACGCCGACGGGACGGGAGAGAACUUGUACGCGACGAUUGAUUCGUGCGCGGAUAUCGUGACGAGAGCGAUCCGAAAGCACAAGGAAAAACACUCUGGAAAGGGAUCGAGACAUGCCUCGCACGAGGCGUCGGCGAAGGAUGCGUUCAUGGCUGACGACGACGACGGAGACGACGUGCCUCCGGCGGCUUGAUCGCGCGACGACGAGAACGUCGCGGCGGCGAAUCCGCUCAGCCGCAGUGAGCGCGUCUUACACGUUACAGCGCUCUGAAAUUAACUCUUACGACUCUUAAUUCUUUACU